AUGCUUCUUGAUGUUGCCGUGAAGAACUUAGAGGGACUAGUUUCUUAUUUUGAAAAGUAUAGGCAAAAUGGGUUUAAUUUUGCCAUGACUGAAGCUAAAGAAAUUGCAAAUGACAUGGGAGUUGAGCCUAUAUUUCCUAUAAAACGUCAUGUUUGCAGAAAAAAGCAUUUUGAUGAAAUUCCAAAUACUGAAAGGGAACAACAAUCUGCUCAAGAGUCCUUUAGAACUGAUUACUUUUUGGUUUUAGUUGAUAUAGCUCUUUCUCAAUUAAAAAGCAGGUUUGAACAAAUGAAAACUUUUGAAUCUAUGUUUGGCUUCUUGUUUGAUGCAUCAAAGUUAGCUUAUUUGGAUGAUGAUGACUUGAAAAGUUGUUGUUUGAAUCUUGAAAUUGCUUUGAGAAAUGGUGAUGGUUCUGACAUUGAUGCGAAAUAUUUGCUUAUGGAGUUACAAAUUCUGCAGGAAAUGUUGCCGAAUGAGGCAUAUGAAACAGAUAGGCCUUGGACAUCCAUUCAAAUUAUGGAGUUUGCAAAGAAAAUGGAUAUGUUUCCAAGUGUUAUGGUUGCCUAUAGGAUUUUACUAACUAUACCGGUGACGGUAGCAUCCGCCGAAAGAAGUUUUUCAAAAUUAAAAUUAUUAAAAUCUUAUUUGCGGACUACCAUGACUCAAGAUAGGCUGAAUGGAUUAGCUAUUUUAACCAUUGAAAGAAAUAUGUUGGUAAAUGUUGACUAUGAGAAGAUAAUUGAUGAUUUUGCUUCAAGAAAUGCAAGAAGGCAUCAUUUCAGAUGA